CGAUCAUUCCACCUGAACACCCCUCGCCACCCCCGAUAACCUUCCCCGCCGGGCCCCCGCGCCACCUUCCCCCCGCCCCCCUUACCCACCUUGCCUGCGGGCCGCUGUAUACCCGGCGCACGUGCACGCCAGCGCGCGAACCUACGGACACACGGCCAGAUGCCCACCUUGACCGUCCCGGCGGUGAUUGCGGCACUGAGCCGGGCCGAGGCCCGGCCGGAUUGCUCGCUGAUCGAGGGGCGCGUCCACUGCCGAUUGGAUCUCCUGUGGCGCACUUGCCGGGCUGGGGACCGCCCGGACGCGGCCGGGCCGGGCGAUGAUCUGCGCCUGUCCCUCGAUGACCGUACCCUGGCAGGGACUUUUUCCACGGCCCGCUGGCCGGGCGGUGCGCCGGCUCCCUCGCCUGUGCCGCCGGUCCGACAGAUCUUCAUCCAGGAGGCCGUGGACCAGGCCCACACGUAUACAGACCCGCCGCCCCUCCCGGGGCAGGCCCCCAUCGAGGCCUGGCUAGUUAGUCAGCCGGAGUAUGCGCUGUAUGGCCUGGGGCCAGGCUGCCCCUAUGCCGGACACCGGGCGUUCAUCUUCUCCAACAGCAGUGUGCCGGAUGUGUUCGCCGGCGCGGUCACCGCCGGUCAGCAGGCCGACCGCCAGCAUGGCCAUAACCUGCCCUUGAAGCGCUGGGCCAGCGAGCUCACGGUGGCCGGCAUCGAGCAGGCCCGUGCCGGCCACUUCGACAAGGCCAUCAAUAGCUACAACUCGGCCCUCGACCUGGAUCCCGAACACCUGGACUGUCUCGUUGCGCGCGGGGCGGCUCUGGCCAAUACCCGCCACCUUGCACGAGCGCUGGACGACUUUGAGCGCGUGCUCCAGCUACAGCCGAAUCACCCGAACGCCAAGCUGUACUAUGAUAGCGUCCUCGAGCGACACAUCGCCGAGAAGGCGGCCAGCCUGCUGGCCGACGAUGAGGAUGAUUCGGCUGACACCUCCGACGAGAGGCCACCUUCAGAUGAGAGGCCCGGAUCGCCGCCCCCGGGCGCCGUGCCCUUUCCCCGGCUCCCGGACACCCGUCAGUCCACCGUCGAUCUUGGGCCCUUCAUCCUCAGUCCGCAGGCCUUCGAUCUGUUGCGAGCCGAGGCGGCCGGCUGGACAUCAUCGUCACUGUCCGACGAUGGCAGUAGCUCAGACUCCUCGCCGGAGCGUGCCCGACGCCGGACCCGCGCUCGAUCCUCCCGGCGAUCCUCCUCAGGCCGGACCUCACGACGUCGAUCGCGCGAGCGAUCGUCCCGCGCUCGGGGUCGAUCUCGGACCCGAUCCCGGUCACCAUCCGCCUCUCGGCGCCACCGCCGCCGGCGGCGGUCCUCCCCGAAAUAGGAGCCCGCUGGUCGCGAAGAAAAAUAGACGCGCACGCCGCGAGCGGGCCUCUCCUCCUCCCCGGCACGCCAGGCGCAACUUGU